CCACGGAAAGGCUUCAGUCUUAAUGCUGUGUCCUCUGCGUGCGCACUGCCUCCCGCUUCCACGCUCUCCCUCUCUACUGUUGAGUGCAUAAGAGCGGUUUCCUCUGCAGACCACUUUGCAAAGCUCCGUGCAACAAGUUUGCAGGAGCAGCAGCGGCACGCCGUCACGCAGGUUGACUUCACUCGGCUGGAGCUUGAGCGGCGCUCCACUCAUCCAUCUGUCGCUGUCACCACAAAGUCACCGUACGUGAACGCAGCGUUGCAGGCGCACACACGCACGCUCGCUCACUCACUCACACAGAGCAGAGUGCCAUAAAUUGGUGACUCCGCGCCAGAUGCGGUUUGCUCUCAGCAGCGCGUGGAGUUGUUAGUUAAAUGGAGAACGCAGUGGCGAGAGGAGCAUCUAAGUGCAUGGAAAAAAUGGAGAAAGAACUGUCGCCCCGGCAGAAGCGACACUACUGCCGCACGACUGCGCUGAACGUCUUCUCCUCGUUUUGCUCCGUGGCGUCCGUCGCCUUCUGCAUUUUCCUGAGCAUUAGUGGAGCUGACAUCAAGAACCGAGUUGUGGAUUUGGAGAGUGCCAAAGGCGAGCACACCUUCACCCGUGCCCCCGGCUACUCCGUGGAGGAUUUCAAUUCACUGAUAGAGGAAAGAGUGGACGAGCUGCUCUCUCAGCGCUCCUAUGAGAAUUUCGUCAAGAUUCGGACAGCCAGACAAACAUCACCUGAAUGCAACUGCCCUCCAGGACCUCCGGGAAAGCGGGGAAGAAGAGGCCGUAAUGGAGACCCUGGACCUCCUGGCCCUCCUGGUCCAAAGGGUGAAAAGGGGGAUCAAGGCGACCAGGGACCACGGAUGGUCUUCCCUAAGAUCAAUCAUGGCUUUCUUUCCGCUGACCAGCAGCUCAUAAAGCGACGGCUCAUUAAGGGAGAUCAGGGGCAAGCAGGGCCACCCGGGCCCCCGGGGCCACCGGGCCCUCCUGGACCGAGGGGGCCUCCAGGAGACACUGGCAAGGAUGGGCCCAGAGGUGUGCCUGGUCUACCGGGUGAUCCAGGACAGCCUGGGGAAACGGGACCCCUGGGACCUGAGGGGCCGCAAGGGCCGAAGGGUUCACUCGGGCCUCCUGGCAUUCCCGGUGUUGAUGGACUGAAGGGGGAUGUUGGCAUCCCAGGACUGGACGGUGUUCCAGGAGCCAAGGGUGAAAUGGGAGAACGAGGUGAAAAGGGUGAUUUGGGUGAGGAGGGACUGAAAGGUGAACCGGGAGAGAAGGGAGAUGCAGGCUCCUCUGCAGCAGGCAUCAAGGGUGAACCUGGAGAGCCUGGAAGAAGUGGACUAAAGGGAGAGCCAGGACUUCCAGGGCUGCCUGGACUACCAGGGAUAAAGGGUGAGCCCGGGUUUCUCGGUCCCCAGGGUGAGCCUGGGCUUCCAGGACUCCCAGGAACUAAGGGUGAGAAAGGUGACCACGGACCACCAGGGAAGGGGGAACGAGGAGAGACGGGACCCGCUGGACCAAAGGGUUCACAAGGAGAGGCUGGUACACCUGGCCCUAAAGGGUCAAAGGGCGAGGGUGGAGAUAAAGGAGACUUGGGGCUCAUUGGACCAAGGGGCCCACCUGGGCAGAAAGGAGAACAAGGUGCCACCGAAAUCAUCGACUACAACGGAAACAUUCAGGAAGCUUUACAGAAGAUUACCACUAUUACAGUUACGGGUCCCCCUGGGCCUCCUGGGCCAACGGGACCACCAGGCAUAAAGGGGGAUCGCGGUCUGCCUGGUCUUCCUGGACUUGAUGGAGAAAGAGGAUACAAAGGCUCUAAAGGAGACAUGGGGAUGCCCGGAGCUUCAGGGGAGAAAGGAACAACUGGUUUACCUGGCUUACCUGGUGUCAAUGGAAUGAAAGGGGAUAAAGGAGAUGCAGGACUCACAGGUCCUCAAGGUCCUUCUAUAAUUGGCCCUCCAGGGCCACCAGGGCCCCAUGGAUCCCCAGGACCUAUGGGUCCCCAUGGCUUUCCUGGACCAAAGGGUGAACCUGGUUUGCAUGGGGCAAAGGGUACUCGAGGAGAACCAGGACACAAAGGGGACCGUGGACCUCUGGGUCUCCCUGGAGCCUCCGGCUUGGACGGCAAGCCUGGAAUUAGGGGCAUGGAUGGGCCUUCAGGUCCUGCUGGUCCAGCUGGGCCGAAGGGGGAUAUUGGUGAGAAAGGAGCACCAGGUGAGCCAGGGCCAAGAGGACCCUAUGGACUACCUGGAGCUGCUGGAACACCAGGCUUGGAUGGGUUGCCAGGCUUAAGGGGAGAAAAAGGCGACGUUGGGGAAAGAGGAGAAAAGGUAGAUGUAGAUAUACUGUAACGGCUCAUUAAUAACUACAUAGAAGGCUGAUGUCAAUGGACAGUGACAGGAUGCUUUAGAGCUAUAAUAUCAAUAACUGAAGUACUGACAUUAUUAAACCACAGUAGCUGACUACAGUACAUUUUAAUUUGCUAAUUUCAUUAGCCAUUAUUAUCCUAAUGAGCUUCCUUUACAGAUACUGUGAACAUGUUUUGCUUGGGCUCAGUCUUUUGUACAGCAGUUGUGCCUCCUCGACAGAUGGACUCAAGAGCCAAUUGGAUAAUAGCGUCCUAUAACGGCAGUCCUCCAUUGCUUAAAGUGUCAUCCCCAGUCCUCUCAAACCAGCUUUUGUUCUCCACUUUUGAGUGAUUUGCCAUCUCAUCAAAUCCAGUGUCAUUCUAAGUCAUUUAAAGCUGAUUUUGAUGUAUUAGCCCAAACAAGUCCAUUGACAACAGGCUCUUAAAAUUCAUGCUUAUUUAUUUUCUGUUGUUUCCACGCAUGGACAUAAACUUGAAGCAUUUCACCUUGAGUUGCUGAGCCUGUUGGUAAUCCUUUCCCUGCUUGUGUUUACAGUAGUCUGUAGCUUUCAGUGUUACUUGUGUGUGUCUCUGCACCACUAACAGGCAUGAUUUGUUCGGUAGAUGUCUUUAAGAAACUGUAUCCUAUAUAAAGACGCUUUGCUGCUCCGUGGCGUGUUCUGUGAAUCGUCGUGUUUACCGCCAAUUUCUAACGCACAACAGAUUGUAGCGCUGCGCCUCUUUAGUGUAUUUGUACAGGUAGCGUCUGAUAAGAAUCUGGCAAAGUGUGGAUGAUACACAAUAAUCAAGUACUUACACUUUUAAUGAGUUAUGGGUGGUGGCUAUGAGUGCUAAUAACUUGCAUGAACUCAAUUCAACAUACGUUACCACUUCAAAGUUUGGGGUGACUUUAAAUUCAUAUUUUAUAUGUAUUUUUCAUUAUAAAUCAUUUAUUAUGUUUGAUGGAAUUUCUACACAGGCUCAUUUUCAACCACUUCAAACAAAUCUAUCGUAUUACCUGAUGAGGGUUCAUCUAACUGAUAAUGUUUGCAUAGCUGAAAACUGUUGUGCUGAUUAAAGCAACACAUGCUGAAGAGCAAUAAAGGCUGAAAUAGGCUUCAAACAAUAAUGUGUCACGAAGCUGCCCGUGAGACAUCCGUUUCUCAAAAUAGAGAUUCUGAUGUACUUCUCCUCCAAGUACAGCAGUUCACUGAGGCCUUCCCAACUCUUAGUCUCUUAUUAUUCAUUUUCAGGGGUUCUGUGAAGGGAGUAGUACACAUAUGUUAUGAAAUCCAUCACAGGAACACUUUAACUUCUCCAUCUUCUUCCAGCUGCUGUCUUUAGUGGCCAUCUUCAUCUUACCUUAAAUGAAGCAUUCUCGUUUGUCACGCUGACCCUCUGCAUGACCUCCUUCACAUUGACACUGUCUCCAAACCAUACAUGAAAGCAAGUCUAACCAUUUUGUAAACCUUCCCUUUCAAUAAUCUCCACCCGCUCCACCCUGCCUGUAUUAUCUUCUUCACCUCUCUUGUGCAUUGUCCAUUGCUUUCGAUGGUUGACCCCAAGUAUUUAAAGUCAUUCACAGAAGAGAUGUCACCAUGCAUCUCCACUCUUACACCUGCUUGUUUCUUACACCUACUCGUAUUCUGUUUUGCUUUUACUAACUCUCAUUCCUCUUCACUCCAGAGCAUACUUCCACCACUACAGGCACUCUUUUACCUGCUCUCAUUAUAGAUCACGCUCUCAUCUGCAAACAUCACAUGAACCCUCUUUCAAAGGGCAGAAAAAGCUUUUUUUGAGGCUGUUUUUGCUCUUUGCAUUAGGUAACACAGUGGGAAUGUGAACUGAAACACAGAAGAGAUGUCUGUGACAUAUCUGACUGAAAAUUAAUUAACUAUUCAUUUAUUAUAAAUUAUUUCAUUUAUUUCUCAUUAAAUCUUAAAUUAGAUGGAAACAAUGUGCUUUAAAACACCCACACAUGCACACUUUUACUUUGAAAAUCACCCCAAACCUUUAAGUGUUGCUGUACUUUCUCAAAUCUGAUAUUUCUAACACAGUUGAUUUGAGUAUGUGAAAAUAUUUUGUUCUACAGGGAUACAGUUUGGACUUUUUCAGUGUGUAGUAAAAUUUUAUUCUGUCUUUCUGGAGGACUUUUUCCCUGCUACACUUUCUCAUCCUUUGUGCCCUUGACAUCCCUUUGGCUAUGAAGUGUUUUUUCCAAUUUCUCCUACCCACCUCACUACCUCCCUUUUUAUGUCUACUUCCUGCCCUAAGGAAUGUUUUUAGAGUAGCCGGUAUUGUUUGGUAUCCCCUCCUUCCUAACACUGACCAUGUGUCGUUCCUCUCUGUGGGCCAUAGCCUCCCUUAUUUAAUCCCUCCUAAUAGCAGUCCUUAUUGUUGACAAAUGCUUCUUAACUUGACCAAACCGUUGUA